CUAAUUCGGGUAUGAAUUCAUUUACUUCAAUUUCAGCUCGAAUCAUUUCGAGCAUUCAGUUAUAGAUCGAAUACUCACUUUUCGAAUCAUUUCAGUUUUGGCAUCAAAUCAUUCAGUUCAAAUAAGCGGUUAUGAUUUUGUUUUGGGGAAUCUACUCGUCUUUGGGUAUUAAUGUAUUAUAAAUAGAUCAUGGAAUGAAGCAGCUUCACAAAUUAAAUAAAGUAUCAUCAUAUAAUACAUAACCAACUUAAGAAAUCAAUGGGGAUUGGGUACGACAAUGACGAUUACCCAUUUGAAGGCCAUAUAAGAAAUCAGCCACCACCCUUUAUGGGCGACGAUAAUGGCUACGUAUUGAAGAACCAAAGGGUGGUCCAAUUCGUCCGCCCGGUCGUCACCCGCCAUGUUUAUGUCAACGGUAAACCCGUGAAGGAAGAACGAAUUGUGGGCGACUAUCAACUCCAUAAUUAUGGUAGUGGUCAUAAUAAUUAUUAUGCUGACAACGCCCUCAAGGACAGUCUUGAUAACCUUGGGAUCAUCAACGGCUUCCUGGGCCAAGUUCAGACGGAGGCAAGCAUGUCGCCGCGUGACGGUGCCGCCGCUUUUCUCGCUCGCCGCCCCGCAUCGGCCGCCGCUGCGGUGGAGAGUAAGCCUAAUUGGGGUAGCAGGGCUGCUUGGGUAGCCGCCCCCGCCGAUGACUCUUUCUCCAGAUACACAGAGUAUCCCGAUCAGACAGAAAAUCACUACCACCCCAGCUCAGUAUUGACCGGUCCAAAUUGGGGCAGUUAUAGUAACACUAGUUGGCCAAAUAAACGCCAAGCAUCUCCAUCAAGAUCAGCCGUCUAUUCAAGACAAAGCAUGUUGGAUUCAGAUGCAAAGUCUAAUAAUGGGUCUUUCAAAGACAACUCUCCCACUGGUUAUGGUGAACGUUCUGAGGCCCGGAAUCUCUACCGUCCUGACUCAGAAUCAAACAAGUCAAACUGGGGUUCUAGGCCUAAUUGGCCGAAUAGCCGCCGGGCUUCCCCACCCCCACCCAGAUCACCCGCGCAUUCAAAACAAGGUACCACAAGCUCAGAUAAUACAAUGCCUGAUAGGGUUUUCCAAGAUAAUCCCCCCACUCGUUAUGGUGAUCAUUUCGAGCCUAGUCGUCGUACGCAUCAUUUCGUAGGGGAAGAGCAAAGACAACAAGAUAGCCCACCACUCAAACAGCUUGAGAGAUUGGACAUUAAAGACAACAAUAGCCAAGGAUCAAGCCCAACUCAGAACACAAGGUCUGGUUCCACUGAAGUUGUGAAGAAUGAAAAUAUUGAGGCCCAGAAUCUCUACCGUCUUGGCUCAGAAUCUAACAACCCAAAUUUGGGUGCUAGGCCUAAUUGGCCAAACAGCCGCCACGCUUCUCCACCCGGAUCACCCAUGCAUUCAAGACAGGGUACCAUAAGCUCAGAUAGUACAAAGCCUAAUUUCCAAGACAAUUUCCCCACUCCUUAUGGUGACCGCUUCGAGCCCAGCCGUCCUACGCAUCAUUUCGAAGGGGAAGAGCAAAGACAACAAGAUAACCCACCAAUCAAACAGCUUGAGAGAUUGGGCACUAAAAACAACAACAGUCAAGGAUCAAGCCCAAAUCAGAAUAUGAUGGAUGCCUACAUGGCAAGGUCUGGUUCCACUCAAGUUGUGAAGAAUGGCAAUGGUGAUUCCCUUGUUAAGGACAAUGCCCUCCAGGUUAAGGACUCCAAAAACCAGAUGGGUAAUCUUGAUGAUGGCUCCAACUCCACAAAGGAAAGCUCGAGUGAGAUGGCGACCAAGCCAAGAUUCUUUGGAGGGUGGUACAAACCCUCAAGGGGAACGCAAGGUGGUGGUAGCUCUGGCACUACCACCACAAAGCACUGGAGCGAAAUCACUCCAAAUCCUCCGGUAGGACCGAUGACCAUACCUCCUCUAGUUGAAUCGCGGGAAGCGAUGAGGCGAUAUGCGUAUGUGAAGCCGACAAUGGCAACCGGGUACUAUGGAGCCAUCACGAGUGAAGAUGCUGUGAGAAAGUAUGGUGGCUUCUUUGUCCCUCCAAGUUAACACAUUUAUUAGCUUACAUAGUUUCUAAGGAAAAAAAAGAUGGUAGUGCUCCGAUCCUUGUGUGUAUUAGCAGUAAAUGUGAAACGGAGUAUAUAUAUUACUAUAGAAUAAUGGUGGGUCAUGAUGAUGUUAGACAAAAUAAAAGUAUGUGAUAUGA